ACCCAGCAGGCAGCGGCGCUAGUUGGCUUUACUACUCAGACAAGAAAAUCCCUCGUUUUUGGAGGAAGAAAGGAGCACAAGGAGACCCGAGGAGCGUUAAAAAAGGGGCAAAAAGGAGCAAAAAGGAGCGUGAAUUACGGCUGGUUUCCCCCCCUUACUACUCUAAGCACCAUGGCUUGCGGAGCGACGUUAAAGCGGUCGAUGGAGUUCGAGGCCCUGCUCAGCCCCCAGUCCCCGAAGCGGCGGCGGUGCAGCCCGCUGCCGGGGACUCCCGGAGCCCCGUCCCCGCAGCGCUGCAGCCUGCGCCCCGCCGCCGCCGACAGCCCGGCGCACGCCGCGUCCCCCUCGCAGCCCGCCCUGGGCGGCGAACACAGGCUCACCCCAGAGCAAAUCUUCCAGAACCUCCGUCAGGAGUACAGCCGGAUCCAGAGGCGGCGGCAGCUGGAAGGGGCCUUCAACCAGACUGAGGCCUGCAGCUCUAGUGACGCUCCCAGCCCCAGUUCCUCCAUUAAUGCUCCCAACUCCCCACCAGGUGCCUCAAGGAAGGACCAGCCCUCAUUUACGCUGAGGCAGGUUAGCUUCCUCUGUGAGCGCCUGCUCAAAGACCACGAGGAGAAGAUCCGGGAGGAGUAUGAACAAAUCCUUAAUACAAAACUUGCAGAACAAUAUGAAUCUUUUGUGAAAUUCACACAAGACCAGAUCAUGCGAAGAUACGGAGCCCGGCCUGCUAGUUAUGUCUCCUGAGCUCGUAUCUGUGCGAUCUCGGCUUCCUCUCGCAAGAUGGCUGCUCUUCUACUGCCUCCUUCCACUUAAUUUACAUUUUAUUUUACCCAACACGUCACUCUCUUCUCCUGUCAAAUGAUGUGGGUGCCAUGGUUUAUCUAUUUUUAAUCCAAAAUUUGGUUUCUUACUUCCAAACUAUUGCUGCUGGCCAAAAAUUAGAAGAAUCUGAAAGGUAAACUGUGUAUAAAUCCUGCUGUUUUUUUUUCUUUUUUUUUUUCUUUGCCCCCUCCUCAGUACGUUUGUUUGACAUGCUGAAAAAUCAGAUGUUUGUCAAACUUCUUGUCGGCGCUGUAGACAAAGCUUAUUGGCUUGUGAUCAUUCUGUAUAACCUUCCAGCAGCUGUAUUUAAAGGCUCCUGCUUCUCACCUCAUCCCACACUCUUCCUCACCUGCCUUCUCACAACUCCUUACCUGAGAAUGUGGAUUUUUUUCCCUUUUGAAAAAAAAAAAAGAAAUAAAAAUAAGUUCUGUGAUUUAAA